AUGGGAGAGUUUCCUAGACAAAUCAUACAACUUUUCAGAGAGACCCAGCAACGCGAAUUGGCCCCUUCUGUACAACGAGCUCAAAUUGUGAUUACCAAGUCCUCCGUCAGGUUCGUCAACGAAGCCCAAUUACGGGACCAAUUCCAUGCAGGGUAUGUGAAUGCACUCAGAUACCGGGGAGACCAGCUCAAGAGACGAAGAGGUAUGUUUGCGAAUAAGUAUGCGGUUUUGGUCGUUCAAGACUUCAACUAUUACCGAAGAGAGGAGACUUGGGAACAGACUUUUCUGAGACCUUUCGUGUACGAUACAGAUCUAUAUCAAGAUGCCUAUUGCAAACAGGCCAUUGUGGAGAGCAGAGGUGGUGAAGGUGAUAGUGAUGAUGAGCUGCAGGUGAUUGGAGUAUCUCCGCGGACCGGAGACCAACUCAGGAAACUCGGGUUCUCUACAGGAAAAAUCGAAAUGUCAAGCUGA